AUGACCAACCAAGAAACAUCACCACUUCUCCCCCGGACCACCUCGGUUUCCAAUCCCACAGACGACAGUCCUCCCUCCGAAAACAACACCUUCACUACCCUCACCAACCGCACGAUUUCCUACGCCCGCUAUGGCUCGCCGAACCCGACCUCUCCAACCAUAAUCUACCUCCACGGCUACCCCUCCUCCCGCUACGAAGCCUCCCUCCUGCAUCACCUCGCCCUCCGCCACAACCCCCCAGUCCGCAUCAUCGCACCCGACCGCCCGGGCUUCGGCCUCACCUCUCCCACUCCCAACCGCACCAUCGCAGACUACGCCACAAUCGACCUCCUCCCCCUCAUUGAGCAUUUAUCGCUAUCGCGCUUCAGCAUUCUCGGCCUUUCCGGCGGAGGUCCCUACGCACUCGCCGCCGCCGCCAGCACGAUCCCGCUCCUCACUCCCAAGGUAGCCGGUGUGGGAAUCGCCUGCGGCGCACCGCACUGGUCCGCGCAAGGCCCAGAGGGAUGGGCCGCGCUGCCAUGGUGGAGUAAGGUCGGAUACUAUGCUGCCUUCUAUACGCCGUGGCUGCUUCGGGGCUUCACAGCAGCGUGCAUUGCACUUGUGCGCUUGCUCGCGGGCCAAGGUUGGGUACAACGGCGCGUUGACACCGCCUUGAUCGCGGCGAGGGAGAGGAGGAAGAAGCUUGUUGAGGACCGCAGCGGAGAGCCUGCGAAGGAUGUAGCGGAGGAGGUUGAGCUGGUCGUUUACGUUGCCCUUGGCGAGGAUUCGAAGGAGUGGUCUGUCAGUGAGCAAAGAGAGUCCUUCGUAAACCAAGCCCUGGAGCCUUUUCGGCAAGGAACACGGGCUGCAUUGGAGGAGUUCCGGAUCUUCUGCACGGAGGUCGGCUGGGGAUUCAAGCUGCAGGAUGUGAAUUGGAGGGGAAAGCAGGGGGAGAAGGUGGUGAUGUGGCAUGGCACGAAGGAUGUGAACGCACCCAUUGAAUGCGCGCGGUGGAUGGCGGAGCAGAUUGGGAGCGACGGGGUGGAGUUGAGGGAGUAUGAGGGGACGCAUGGGGAAGUAGUUGUGAGAUUUGAGGAGAUGUUGGAUGUGCUCAGUCGCCCGCUGUUGGAUAAGGCGAAUGCGCGAGAUGGAAGCAAAAGCUGA